UUCCCUGGCUGUUGUCCAAUUCUUUUCCUCUCUCUUUUUUUGCGCCUCUCGUGCCCCCUCCCUCCCCGUGUUAUCCACCCACGGGAAGAGUGAUUUUCGCCUCUUUUUUAUGUAUACCUCAUUCACAUCCCCAGUCAGUGGACUUAUUUCCGUGUGGGCAGCAGGGAUGCUUUUAAAAUGCCAACGUUUUGACAGAAUCAAUCCGUAGAGAAUCUUUCCCCGCAAAUUCAGCGAUCGCCGCUCCAGUAGCUCGGAUUUGACAGUACACUGUCACGGUCCGCAAAUGUCCCGUUUGCACAGACGGUGACCGAAAUCCCAAUCGAUCACUUUGCUUAUCUUAUUACCAAAGCCACCCCCACUCAAUUCCACGGAGGAGAUUUUUUUCUCCCAGUGUGUGUAUGUGUGUGCGCGUGCCAAAAUCUCAACCAGGAGGCAGCACGUGCUUCUUACAAUAGCGUAAAGGCGCGCGUUUAAUUCUUACCUUUUGCGCCCCGUUUCACGUGCGCGCCGGCUUCAACCGCGUUGUUUGUCACUAGCGCGCGCUGCCCGUUCCGAUUCCAGCAACGGGACGUCCGGUGACUGACGGAAAGCUCGUGCUACAGUAACGGAAGGUGCGCGAGACUCAGUUUGGUACCCACUCGCACACGCACGAUGAGUGAGCGCGGUGAGGAAACCGCCGGCGAGCCUUCAGGAUCGCAGGAGCAGCCCGCGCCCGCACCGGCCGAGCCACCGAAGAGAGGACCGGGCAGACCCAGGAAACCGCAACAGGAGCCCACAGGAGAGCCUGUCCCCAAACGGCCGAGGGGUCGCCCCAAAGGAAGCAAAAACAAGGGCCCCUCCAAAGCAGCGCAGAAGAAAGCUGAGACCACAGGGGAGAAAAGACCCAGAGGAAGACCCAGGAAAUGGCCGCAGCAGAAGGUCCAGGAAAAGCCCGCUCAGGAAGAAGAGGAGGCGGAGCCAGAGCCAGAAGAGGACUAAGCAACCACAGGAUUUCACCUCUACCUCAUUCAGCUGUCAACUCUCUGCAAGGGAAAAGACUGCCUUGACCACUUAUUAUUGACUUCCCACUUUCGUUUGUUUAUUUUAGUUUUUUCCUCAUGCGUUUGUUUUGGUUUCGUUUCGUUUGUGAUAAACACACACAACACCUCAGCGCGUAAACCCGAAAAAGACGUAAAUGCAAACAGACAUCUUGCAGAUGACAAUUGGAGCCGCCUUGCUGUUCCCACUUCGGAGUUUCCAACUGCUGUAAGCACAGAGGCGCAGGGGUUAAACACACACAAUGUGCUACAGUGGACACACAUAAGCACACUUUCUUCUCGACUGAUGUUUCUACAUUAGUUAGGAAGAUUCAAACCGUAUGGUUUUGUCAUUUGGACAGUCACAACAUGUGGUGCUUCCCAAAUCUGGGUGGAGCCUUAAACGGACAUACACAAACAUGCAGUUUACACAGUACACACAAAGAGCACUGUCUCCACAGUACCACACCACCAAAGACAAUGUCAUAACUGAUAAUUUUUCUGUCUUUAGUGUACACACUGAAGCACUAGAUUGGCUAAGCAAUGCAAAAAUAUCCGUCAUUUCUCCAAAGGCUAAUAUUACAAGACAUCUUUAACACACUUGAAAAAAACAGGUGUGAAAUAGUCAAAACAUCUGAUUUGCAAGGAUAAUAAUCUGUCAAAAAUAGACGCAUGUAAUGCAGUGGUUUCACCAAAAAUACAAUAAUCUGUACAGUAUUCGUCUUAAAAUUGCAACCAGAGUCUCCGGCUCUUAAGAAUGUUAUCUUAGAAAAUUCCGUCAUCGUAGCUGGACGCACCCUCAUGUCUGUUGAAAACCAUUGAAGUUUCUGUCUUAAGUGAACCACUGAACAAAGAUGUUUCUUUUCGUGUGAACUAUCCCUUCACUAUUAAAUUAAAACUUGACAAGUUCUUAUAAGAAUUUGUCGCUAUGGUUAAACGCCUCCGUUUCAGAAUAGCUACUGUACAUAUCUUUGCAUCAUUGGCUUCACUUAACUAACACACGUGAACAUAAUCGUGUUUUCUCUUCUUUUAUGGCAUAGCUUUAAGAACACAAUUUCCGACGAAUAGGGAAAGGGAAACUCAACUCAGUCUGGUUCAAGACCUAAACCUCAAGCAUUACAAAAACCACAGGAACAAAACCACACUUUACCUCAUUACGCAAAAAAUACCUGAACAGCAGUGACCGUGUGAUGUCGGAUCUGUCGAGUAUUCAAAGAAUCUUAACGUACGCGAGCGCUGUCACCAAUGCAAUGUCUCCUUAACGUUACGAAGCUACCUCUGAUUUCAGCGACCAGCUCGAGAGACACGCGCUGCUAUACAGUUCUUAUUACAAAGCAGGGAAUGGCAGCGAGUGCCAAUAUUCAAAACGAACCUUGAGCAUGAGAGACGAGCGAAAUGUUUUUGUGGAUCGGGCAGGUGAUAAUCGAAAUCUGGGGUCUGUUUGUAGUCAUAUGUCGAACUAAUCAUGCAGCUAAGGGAAAAGAGUACUGUGUCUGUUUGUUUGUUUAUUUGUUUGUUGUAGUUCAUUUUCUUUCAUUUUUUCACAUUAGCGUAUAUAUCUGACAUUUGUAACGAGACACUCUGCCUCUACAACCGGGAUGUCUGUUUUACAUUUUUAACUUGAAUAUAUAUUUUGUACUGAUUUACUCAAUGGUUUCUAAAGAUCAAGUGCUUGUAUGACACUAAAUUUUUGUUUUAAAUGGAUUUUUUUCUUUUCCGUUUUUGAUUUCUCUUCUCCACUUUUGCUCUGAAUCGAUUUCGUUUUUGUUUCUUCUCUAUGUACGAUUCAGAUGCGUACCUCAAAAAAAUGGAUAAAAAUGGACUAAUAAUCAGCUGACAAAUACCUACCUCCAGUCUUGAAAAUGGAAUGAUUUUCGUUUUAAUAUGAAUUCAAUUGAAUGCGUAUUGGAACUGCACAGGAUCCUGUUUUACAAACGUUGGAAAUUGGAAUCUUAAUUCAACUGGGGGAGAAGAACGCUGAUAAAAACACUACACGAGGAAAACGGCUUGAAACUCAUUUCAGGUUAAAAAAUAUUUGGGUUUUGUAUAUUGCUUAUAUGAAUAUGUUUUUUGAAAAAUUAGUAGAUCUUGAGAUAUACUUGAUUAGCGUUUUUGUGUACUCGACACAAAUGUGAUUUUCUUUUCCCGUUAUAUGGUUCAAACAGAUGUAUAUGUACUGCUUAUUUAGUGAAAGAAUACAACUUUUUUUCAGCUUGUCGCCAUGAAAAUCAUGGUAUUCUCAAAGUAGGCCUGAGGUAGAAUCUCAGUGGAAGCUAUUGGAACUGUUGGCAUGCCCCUUUGAACUUGCAACGGCAUGACCGUCUUUAUAUGCGGCAGCUUGGCUUUUGCCACAAACCAUCAUUUAAGCGUGACUCAAACACUGUAAUGCUACUACCUAAAUGGUUACAGUUCUCGUAAAAGCGUCAUGUUAGUUAUCCAAUAGGAUGGAUUUGUUAAAUCUAACAGUGGCUUAAGUUGACGAAUGGCAUGUCUCGGCUUUGCCGUCUCACAACUUCAGAUUUGGCAGUGGUUGGAUUCAAACACUGUUUGGAGAUCAGUCGAUCUGAACUCUGCUGAUUGCAGAACAGCGUGAAACCGCAACUUUUACACGCAAACGGGCCUUCGAGGUUAACCUUUCUAAAACUUGCCAUUGUGUUCAAAGAUUUCCUAUGUUGGUUUGAAUGUGUAUCCGUAAGAGCCACUGUUCACAGGCUUCAACUCUGGGUGUCUUAAUGAAGAUAAAGUUGUAUUUUUAUGACAACACGUUCUAGUACAAUCGAAUACACUUUUCUACCUCCAAAAGGGCCUCUCGUUACCUCAUUUUUCAAACUUACUAUCUGCUUAAAUUCAGGUGCCGGAGUUCAUAGAGAACGUCAUAAAUUUAUAUAUAAAUAUAUAUUCAUAGUUUAUUUUUGUGUGCGGGGGAUUUUUAUAUGACUGUACCUCUAUGCCUUUAAGUCACAAGUUAGCUAAGACUGGAUAUUUGACUUUAUAAAACGCUGUCUUACGUUAUGCAAUGUUAUGUAGUUUCUGCAGCUGUAGAGAUGGAAAAUGUCACUAGGUGUCUCAACUUUCUUCACUUGAUAUAACUUGUUUUCUAACAAUUAUGGCUGUUUCACAUAGAAUUGCUGUUUGUGAUUUCGCUUAAAUUUGCUUGCUUGUUUUAAAAAAAGGACAAAAAAAAAGAAAACGUAUUACAAAAAAGUCCUCUUUAUACAUAUCCACCUCUUUGUUCAGCACA